AUGGAUUGGCCCUUCACGCCGUAUGCGCUUGAAUUGUCCAUCCGCGACUCCUUGCCUGGCUUGACCCCUGGUUCCGGCAGUGUAUUGAAUGCGUUUCUGCGCCAUCUUGUACCCGCUGCCCACUGCUCGCUCAGAAAGAUGACCAACACCUCUCUAACGGCAGCCUGCGAAGUUCCUGGGAAAUGGAAUACACCACUCCCAUCCGCAAACACGGGAAGGACGCAUCCGCACAGAGAGUUGUCGGCAAAUCCCGCUGCUCCCUAUGCUGCUAGGGGUGAGCGCAGGAAUGGUCCACCGCCGCCUGUCAGCACUGCUGGCACACCACCGAUGUCAGCCUGUAUCCACGCCACGACGCACGACCCCAGACGUGGUGUCGCCUGUCGGAGACGAAACGGCACGAUGGCUGAGCGAGUGCAUCGCCGCGGAGUGCGAGCGUUUCGGGUCACUACCGUAAAUGUCAAGCGUAUCAACGGGCAAAAAACGGACAAAGUACCUCUGCAAGCUCCAAUGACAACCAUAGCCCUUCAGCGACUCCGCUACUGCAACCACCACCAGCCGCUGAGCCGUCCGACGGUCCACGGGAGGCCCUGCCGCACAUGA